GUCACAUCCUAGGGUCGGAGCGUGACUGGCAGAGCAGCAGCAGCCGCCUGGCUGCGUUAUGUAAUUCAUUUGAUGCUUCGCGACUGUGGCGUUAGGCGCUUAAACGACGAUGCUCAGGCAUAAAUUACCUUAAGGGAGGUCGGCGGUGAUGAUCUCGGCUGCCGGUAGAAGCGUUGGUGCAGAGUGAUGAGCGCGCUGUGGACGUCAGUGGCCCAUCCCUGAGGUGCGGAGACGUCUGCACAAGUGGCCUCUCAACAUUCAAAUCCGCCUCACAUUCCCGAGGACAGAAACCGAUGCGGGUUUGUCCCAGAGCAGAUCCGCCCUCUGAUUUAGCGGUGCGUCGCGGUGGUUUGGUGUAAACAAUGGCGGGUCCGGGUCAGUCCCAGCAGCAGCAGCAGCAGCAGGUGGAGGAGCGAGCGGAGCACCUGGAUGAUGCGGAGAUGGCUCUGCAAGGCAUCAACAUGCUGCUCAACAAUGGAUUCAAGGAGAGCGACGAGCUCUUCCGGAGAUACAGGACCCAAAGCCCACUGAUGAGUUUUGGAGCCAGCUUUGUCAGUUUUCUGAACGCCAUGAUGACAUUCGAGGAGGAAAAGAUGCAGACUGCUUGUGAGGACUUGCGGACGACUGAGAAGCUCUGCGAGAGCGACAGCGCUGGAGUCCUGGAGACAAUCAGAAACAAGAUCAAAAAGAGUAUGGACUCGCAGAGGUCAGGCGUUGUGGUGGUGGAUCGCCUGCAGAGGCAGAUUAUUGUUGCUGACUGUCAGGUUUACCUCGCUGUGCUCUCCUUUGUCAAACAGGAACUCUCAGCAUACAUCAAAGGUGGCUGGAUUCUUCGAAAAGCCUGGAAGAUGUACAAUAAGUGCCACAGUGACAUCAGCCAGCUGCAGGAGUCGUGUCAGCCAAAAUCCUCCGACCAACAGGAGUCGCUGUCUGCCGACAACGCUAACCACAACACGCCGCUGGAGAACGGCGUGACCCCUGAGGCUUUGGACCGGCUCAAGGGCUCGGUCAGCUUUGGGUACGGCCUUUUCCACCUGUGCAUCUCCAUGGUUCCGCCGCACCUUCUCAAGAUCAUCAACUUGCUGGGUUUCCCUGGUGACCGGCUGCAGGGUCUGUCCUCGCUGAUGUAUGCCAGCGAGAGCAAAGACAUGAAGGCGCCGCUCGCUACGUUGGCUCUCUUGUGGUACCACACAGUCGUGCUGCCUUUCUUUGCUCUGGACGGCUCUGACACACACACAGGGCUGCUGGAAGCCAAAGCUAUUCUCCAGAGGAAGUCUGUGGUUUACCCCAACUCAUCCCUCUUCAUCUUCUUUCAAGGACGAGUCCACCGACUGGAGUGCCACAUCAACAGCGCUCUGGCCUGUUUCCAUGACGCAUUGGAGCUCGCCUCAGACCAAAGAGAGCUCCAGCACGUGUGUCUCUAUGAGAUCGGUUGGUGCAGCAUGAUCGAGAUGAACUUCGAAGACGCGUAUCGAUCUUUUGAGAGGCUGAAGAAUGAGUCCCGCUGGUCGCAGUGCUACUACGCAUAUUUGACUGGCGUGAAUCAGGGUGCCUCAGGUGAUCUGGAUGGAGCGAGUGGAGUUUUCAAAGACGUGCAAAAACUCUUCAAAAGAAAGAACAACCAGAUUGAGCAGUUUGCAGUGAAAAGGGCUGACAGACUAAGAAAGAUUUUCCCCACCAGAGAGCUGUGUAUCCUUGGCGUUAUUGAGGUUUUGUAUCUGUGGAAAGCUCUUCAGAAUUGCUCCUCCUCCAAACUACAGAUAAUGAAUCAGGUGUUACAGAGCGUGAAUGAUGCUUCCUGCAGAGGCCUUAAACACCUCCUCCUUGGUGCCAUUCACAAAUGCCAUGGAAACAUGAGAGAUGCUUUACAGUCGUUUCAGCUGGCUGCCAGAGAUGAAUACGGGCGACAGAUCAACUCGUACAUUCAGCCCUACGCCGUCUACGAGCUGGGAUGUGUUCUCCUGGCAAAACCAGAGACAGUGGGGAAGGGGAGGUCCUUGCUACUUCAGGCGAAGGAGGAUUUUACAGGUUAUGACUUUGAGAACAGGCUCCACGUCCGCAUCCAUUCAGCGCUGGCUUCAUUGAAGGAGGUAGUGCCUCAGUGACCGUCACAAGGACAGCUGCUCAUGAUGCUUGUUUUCAAAGACAGCAUUACAUUGUUGUGAUCUUGAUCAUGUGUUAUUAUCCGGAAAGGAUUUGGGGAAAUAUAGGUGUUUCGCAAACUGACCGUCAUGGAAAUAGGAGUCCCCUUUGAGGACGAAAUAAAAUUGGAUUUUUCUCUGUGGAGCAAUAAUGUGAAUAUUUUAAACAUCUAUUUAAACAAUGUCAUGUUUGCUAUUAUUAUUAUUCAACAAAUGAUGGAAAUAUUCUACUCACCUGGGGCAAACAAAGCAAGAAAGAAACCUGGACAAAACGCUUGUUAUUUGGGGAGUCACUAGAUUAUCUUGAAAACAUAGCAUUAGAUUUAGUUUUGGAUUCUAGCCUCGCUGUCGCUAUAAGUGAGCCAUUUCCCUUGAUCAAAUUUCAUUUGGCUGUCGUUCGGUUAUUUACAGCCAGCCUCACUGUCAACCGCAGAAUGUGAAAUACACAAACACCUUUUGCCGCAGCAUCGCCUUUUGAGUCCAAUAGCAAUGUCACGGAGCUGAGCUACAGGGGCCGACACCGAUUUCUAAAUAUUGAAAACCUUUUCCUGACUGUUCUGUGUUUAUGUUGCUCAAAACCAGCUCAAGAAACACGCUCUUCUUGUUUCAGACGUAAAAGUUAAGUCAUUUAAAAAGAUGAUUUUCUUUUCUAAUAAAAUGGUUUAUCUGGAAUCAAUUUUAAUGUUUUAAAGAAUAGCAAUCCACCUCAUCAUGUGGCCCUCAUUGAAUAUUUUUUUUUUAGCAAAUGUUAAGCCAGCUAAAAUAGAAAUGUCAUCAUGUCUUUUAACUGCUAGUUAAAGUAAAACAUCAGCAAACAAAUAAUAUCAAGCUUUUCUUCUCCACGAAUGAAUGUAGGAUCCAUGAAUAGAUGUACUGUUAAUCAUUCAGGAAUCAGCAGCAAUUUCUGCUCCUGUGCUGGAGUCCUUCAUGCGUCUUUCUCGUGUUAGAUUUCAGUGUCAGUGAACACUAUUUUUGACACCAAAAUGACAAACACCCAUAUUUCCCUGAAAUUUUUAUGUGUAAACACAGGAUGCUUUUUCAGAUCCAUGAAUAUACUGUUUAUUCUCAGAGACACAACAAAGACAAAAAACACACACUCAAGCAAAAAAACUACAAAUGGUUCACCUGAUUCUCACAUGUAUAAUGACUUUAUUUCCUACUUUUUAAGUUGUGCCAUUCACUCGUCCUCCUCCAAAGGUCACAUACUGACAGUAUGCAUGUCUGUGGAUUCUGCCUAUUUCCGCACUACAAACAUAUCCUACCUGGUAGUGUCAUAAUGCCAGUAUACUGUAAACAAAUUAAAUCACUUCUUCUUUUUAUCACAUGUAAUCGACUGUUAAUUUGCCUAGAAUAAAUCAACACUGGAAGAGAGAAAUUCAGAAUCGCCGAAGAACACUCGCUAAAGGAACUGUCCUGUUCCAAAGACACAUUUGCAGUAGUGAUUACACGGCACUUGAAAUCAUCUGUCUUGCACACUAUGCACAAUACUGCAGGGUAAGUGAAUUCUGCUAAUACAAUGUUUCCGGUACUCCCUGGUAUGUACUGUAACCACUCAUAGGUGCUGUUCAAUGCCAAAUGUUACGUAUAUUGCUGUCUUAUUUAGGUCUCGUGAAGUGAGCAGUUGUUUUAUUCAAAUUUUAUUUUCUUCUCUUUAUUGCUGCUCUGUCAUUCCAAAUGUAUCUGCUGAUCUGUUUUGGGGUCUUCACAUGCUGUUGCCUGCAGCUCUUAACUUUCUGUACCAGAGUGAGGCUAUAAGCAGUUCUGAACCUAAAUGUGACAUGAAUUGCGUCCAAGCUUAUUAACAAAGUAUACUCAAAAUCUGGAAAUUUAUUUCCGCAUUACCCCUCUGUAAACAAUUAAUCUGAAUGGGAAAAAAAGAGUCCCAAACGCAUCAGUUUCGCUGAACAACAGUAACAUUCUUCAUAUGCAGUAUUAUGUUCCUGAGUUUUCUUGUUUGCUGAUCUCAUAUUUCUGUGUUGGGUGUAAAUGUGACCGCUGUGAGUGGUCGUUGCAGUGAUGUCAUGAUGAAAUGUCAGUAAAGUCAUCUCCCCACUGUGA